CUUAAGAGCGCCAGAGUGACUGGUUUGUAAUGUAAGUACGUCUGUGUCACUGACCUGGCCAAGUAGACAACUGUAGCUUAAGAGGACACUCAAUCGGUAGCAUAUUUAGCCGGGUAAGACACAAAACGCAUGUAGCUGCUGAUUGUAAAUAUGUUUUCUGUCAUCGGGCCUUCGCAGUAAAUAAGACCUUCGCUAUAAAGUAGCUCGUUUGUUUGCAUUCUCGUCGGUGCAGUGUUGGUUGUUGUUCCGAGAGCAUGUUUGACACAAGUAAGGCUGUACAGCAUUCGACCCAAGACUCUUGCACAACGUUUACUUUAGGCUAAGAAUAAAUACUAUGCGAUUCAGGUUAUGUUUAUAUAAUUCAGCCUAUGGCUAUAUAAUUUAAGCGCAGAAUAGUAAAAUACAACACAGCUAAUGUAGAAAACGGUGGUUUAAUCGACCUAAUUUGUGUGUUUUAACACUUUUCAAACGGGAAAGUAGUUUAUGAAAACACGAGCACGGUAACUUCCUUUAAAAUGCCUGGUGUCAGCAAGGAAAUGUUUUGAAUGGAUAGGCUGGCAAGUACGUGAAAUGCGUUUUAUGGUCUCGUGAUUUAUUUAUUUUUCUUUGCGUUUGUACCUGUUUUAGAGAAGCCUGAGAAACGGUUCAGGGAUGAAAAAAGUGAAGUAAGACACGUCACGCAUUGCACAAGAUACUUGACAUUUGUUUGUUUUGCCAACGAAUUUGUGUCAUUCAGAUGAAUAACCGACAGGCAAUGGACGUAAAGUAAAUGGUGGUCGGGAAAGUGUACCGCAUGAAACUAAACAUGCCUGUGAAAUCAUGGACUGCGGUGUUUUUGGUGCUCACGGUGUUACCGAGCGGUGUGUCUACCGUGAAAGACCGAGAGGAGGAUUCGGUCAGAACCUCCCGACAACAACACGCUGAGAAUGGGCUGGGUCGAAACAACACAGGGAUGUCGACACCAGGGGAAUCACAGAAUUCAAGCACACAUGAAUGCCGCGAUGUGAUGAAGCAGAAGCCGUCGAAGCAAUGCUGGUUCAUCAAGCACACCAAGGACUGUGAGUUCAGCGACGGCUACAUCAACUACCUGCAGGGGGCAUUCUGCAGCUUCCCUCACAGUCUCUUCCCACUCGCUGUUACACUCUAUGCUGUUUGGCUCCUGUACUUAUUCGUGGUUCUGGGAAUCGCUGCGUCAGAAUUCUUCUGUCCAAACUUGGCUGCUAUCUCCACCAGUCUCAAGCUGACCCACAAUGUGGCUGGAGUGACGUUCCUGGCGUUUGGGAAUGGGGCUCCGGAUGUGUUCAGCGCAGUGGCAGCGUUUGCAGACCCCCGGACCGCAGGGCUCGCCAUCGGAGCACUCUUUGGUGCGGGCGUGUUUGUCACCACGGUGGUGGCCGGCAGUGUGGCGCUGGUCAAGCCCUUCACUGUGGCCUCCAGGCCCUUCCUCCGCGACGUCAUCUUUUACAUGGCGGCUGUCUUCUGGACUUUCCUCAUCCUCUACCUGCGGGAGAUCAAGCUGGGCGAGGCGCUGGGUUACCUGGGCCUGUACGUUCUGUACGUUGGCACAGUCAUCGUCAGCACGCUCAUAUACAACCGACAGAAGAACCGGCCUCAGAGACCCAUUCAAAGCAGCUACACUGAGCCAGAGUUGCCAUCUGAUUCCGAAGACGCUACCCCAAGCAUCUUCAACGGGAGCAUCCAGGACGAUGAGAGUGAGUACCAGCCCCUGCUCCCCUUCACUGAAUCCACCUGCCAGAUCUUCAUCAACUCCAUCAACCCCAUAGACAGCAGGAAGUGGAGGAGGAAGAGCUGGUUCUGGAGAGCUGCCAAGGUGGUCAAGGUGCCGCUGGAAGUGUUGUUGCUGCUCACUGUGCCCGUGGUGGACCCUGACAAGGAUGACCACAAUUGGAAGCGUCCACUCAACUGCCUACACCUGCUGACAGGACCCCUCGUGUGUGUGCUCACCUUCAAAUCAGGACAAUACGGGCUCCUGAACAUUGAGGGCAAGUUCCCAGUGUGGGCCCUUGUCCUUCUCAUCGGGGUCUUUCUAUCGGCCAUCUCCUUCCUCACCACCAGCAACCAGCAGCCCCCCAGGCUGCACUGUGCAUUCUCGUUGCUGGGGUUCGUGGUCAGUGCCAUGUGGAUCAACACUGCGGCCACCGAGGUGGUCAGCAUCCUGCGGACCUUCGGGGUGGUGUUUGACCUGAGCAACACGGUCCUGGGACUGACCCUGCUGGCCUGGGGGAACAGCAUCGGGGACUGCUUCUCUGACAUCACCAUGGCUCGGCAGGGGUACCCGCGCAUGGCGAUGGCUGCCUGCUUCGGAGGGAUCAUCUUCAACAUGCUCUUUGGGGUGGGGCUGGGCUGCCUGUUCCAGAUGUUUAACGGGGACAACAUCGUCAAGCUAGAACCGGACGGGCUUCUCGUCUGGGUACUUGCGGGAGCGCUAGGCCUCAGCCUGGUACUUUCCUUCAUUCUGGUCCCAGCACAAUGCUUCCACCUGGGCCGCAGCUACGGGAUCUUCCUGCUCCUCUUCUACCUGGUCUUCCUGCUGGUGGCGCUGCUCAUAGAGUUCAAAGUGAUUGAGCUGAGGGGCAGCCCCUGACACCCUGCACCCCCCUCCUGCUCAAUCCCAACAGCCAGGCCCUUCUCUCCAGCAGGGGCGUGGUGAUCCACAAAGAGCAGGUAUCUAAUCAGACAGAACCCACACACAAAUCACGUGAUUCUGAAAUUUCAUGUAUUUAUUUCUUGGAGUUUCUAUAGAGUCUGUAACUAUGGCAACUGAUUACAACUGAAUUAGACGACUCUACAGCAGGCUGAGAUCCACUCAGGAUCCAAGCUGUGUGUGCUCUGUCCAAGUGUUGUAAAAUAAACUAGGCCUGAAUGAUUCAACUGUGUGUUAUGAGGAAUUGUCACAAUUUGCUCUUCACUUAAAUCCUCUUUUUAAUUUAGCUUAUGUUUUAAAUGCAUCGUGUGACUGGACUACUGUUAUAGAAUUUGAAAAACAUUUGGCAGGGUCCUACUGCUGAAGGUGUCAUUCCAUCAGCAGCCUCAAGACUGACUGGUUUGCACUGUGAAGGAGAGGAGAAUCCUCAUGGUUUAUACACUGUGAAGGGGAGGAGAAUCCUCAUGGUUUAUACACUGUGAAGGGGAGGAGAAUCCUCACGGUUUAUACACUGUGAAGGAGAGGAGAAUCCUCAUGGUUUAUACACUGUGAAGGAGAGGAGAAUCCUCAUGGUUUAUACACUGUGAAGGAGAGGAGAAUCCUCAUGGUUUAUACACUGUGAAGGAGAGGAGAAUCCUCAUGUUUUCUGUGCUAUUGUAUACAUCCAUGCAUAGAUACUGGAUUAUAGCUGUGAAGUUAUGUAUGUAGGGCCAGUACACAAACUGCCAGCCUCACGUGAACAGACAGGGUCUUUACUGAGUCGCGUGCCUGCAUGUUUUUCAAGGUCUUUGCUGUAUGGUCCUUCACACAGACAGUAACAGAACACUAGAUAUUCUUCAGGUUUGCUGUGUUUAACAACAGGGCUUCUGAAAUCAGGAUUAGUAUUCUUGAAUUUUAAAGUCAUGCAAAAAAAAAAAAAAAACUACACCUGCAACCCUAAUGCUGUCUGGAAUUGAAACUGAUGUUCAGUUGAAAUAUGCAGCAGCUGUCUUUUUAUAGCAUACCAAAGAACAAAAAAAACAUGACUCUAUAUCCCUUGUAUGACUUCUUGUGUACUAUCCUAGCAGAAAUGUGAUAGUAUACUAUAUAGAAUACAGUAACUGAAUGUAUUGUACACAGAGUAUAUAAUGCACAUGCAACCUCUUAGUUUGUAAGCAUUCCGUUCCAUCCUGAAGAUCGUGAUAGACUGUGUGCAGUAUGUACAGUGUGCUCUGUGGCUGCUCCCUGCUAUUAACAUGUCCAUUGUUCUUCUAAACCAUCACAUUGCCUGACUUGCCUCUGGCGUCAGUAAGGGGCACACUUUUUCAAAUUCCUUCAGUUUUGUUAGGUUUGCUCUGGGAUCUCUUGGUUCACAUUCACCACUGCCUGAAGAGUUGAGUAUUCCAGGAGCCAGGCUUUUAUACAGUCAGCUGUCAUACAGUAGAUUAGUAGCAUUUUAGAUACUUAAGUGAUGUCAGGUUUUUAUAUUAGUAUUUAUAUUUUUAAACCCGUCCAAUGGUGUAAGCUUACAACUACAGGUUUGUGUCUGGGAGCUUUGAGUUCUAGUUCAGUGUAGUUUGUCUUGUUUUGGAUAGUAGUCAUUUUAUUUCCUUAUUUUCUUCAGAUACUUUGUUAAUAACUGCACAGGUGAUUUAUUAUGAAAUAGUGGUUUGAGAAUCUGCAGUCCUAUUGAUGGCCACAAGGGGGAACUGUAGUGCACAGUAAAAACAAGUUCAUUCUUUAUAGCGUGGUAUGUAUGUGUUUAAUAUGUAUACUAACAUGAUGACAAUUGUUUUGUUUUUCUUUCUUUGAUUGAAUCAGGGUUUUAAUAUACUGUAUAUAAUGAUAAGAGCCAAAUGCAAUUUUAAUAAGUAUGAUGUAUUUAUUUUAUUGAUACAGAUUAUAUGUGAUUUAUAAACGGGUUUGAAUUAAAACUAGCUGUGGUUGUCUCUUA